AUGUGCCAAAAGGUCUUCUACACCUAUGCGUGCCAGCAUGUUGAGUGCGUCACCUAUGAUUGCAUCAAGAGCCGUGGAUCCACGAGAAAUGGCUGCAUGCAUCGCGAACCAUCCGAGCACACCAGUCUCAAGGAUCAGAUCUGCCACGACUGCAACGAGGUGAUUCGAAUCACGAGGCAGAAUCGCCAUGGUGCCAGAGUAAUGGGUGAAUGGGAGCAGCGGAUUCACCAUUACAACAACGUCAUGGAAGGUGCUCAAAUCAUCUUGGAUCACCAGCAGGCUUCCCAGGCUCAACAAAGGCAACAAGGCCAGCAGACGCAGAGCCGUCCAGAUCAACAGUCAAUCUCGCCCAGUGGCAAGACCAUUCGCCCCCUGGAGUCGAACAAGAUGGGCAACAUGAGGCGUGAGGAAAACAUUCCCGUUGCCCCCAGCAGGUUGUACCAGAUCAAUGUGGCCCGGGACACCUGGUUCGCAGUCCAGCGCGGUCAAAAUGCCCUUUGA